AUGGGUCGAAACUCGCAUUUCCGGCAGGGCCGAGAACCUCUGCAGGGCCAUCCGAGCCUGCAGCUCCGUCGAAGUUAUGUCUCCGGUCCACUGUCGUUCUUGAAUCCCACUUGGGCGUGGUACGCGCCAGCCAUGCGGGAGAUUGAGGCCCGUGAGAUGGUGGAACCCAGUCUGAGGAGUCCAUCCCAGCCAGAACACGUCCAGCAUCUCUGGCGAUCUCGUGAUAAUCGGAAAGGUCGACAUGCGCUGCGAGUCGAUUAUCGAGUUCCACCCCGAGAUUCGGGGUAUCAGGCUCCGCCUCCAACGUCUACCUGGUCAGCGGCUGCGAGGGGUGUUUUACGCAUGGCUACCUAUGCGCCUUAUUGGGAUGUCUCGUACUUGAUCGCUGUGAUAUUCACUCUUGGCUCGGUUAUUUGGAUUAUCAAUGCUUUCUUCGUGUGGUUGCCUCUUGAGGACCCGACGACCGAAUUUCCCGGCGAGACUUUGAACGGCGGGGGAAUCAGUGCGUUUAUCGGUGCUACCGUUUUCGAGAUUGGAAGUGUACUGCUUCUCCUAGAGGCUGUCAAUGCGAAUCAGACGGGUUGUUUUGGAUGGGCUCUUGAGACGGAACUCAUGAAAUCCGAUACUACCGCGCCGCACACAGUGACUGUUGCUGCAGCCAAGCCGAGCUUGAAUGAAUGUCAUCAUCAUCAUGCGAAUAAGGUGAAUCUCAUAGGCGCAGGGAGACAUCUGUAUCGCCGACCCUCACACGAUGCUACUGCUGGAUAUGUGACAUCGUCACCCACUGGCACAUCAUUUCGCUGGAUGCCGUCGUGGUCGGACCUUCAAUCGCACUAUCUUCAUGAGCUGGGCUUUCUUGCCUCUCUGAUUCAAUUUAUCGCGGCGACUAUAUUCUGGAUUGCCGGAUUUACGGGACUACCUGGAAUUUAUGGACACCUAAGCCAAGGCCUAGCCGAUGGAGUGUAUUGGGUGCCUCAAAUGGUCGGAGGGACCGGAUUCAUUCUCAGCGGACUGCUCUUCACGUUGGAGACACAGACUAAAUGGUACAUCCCAGCUUUUCAUGUUCUUGGAUGGCAUAUCGGAGCUUGGAAUUUCAUUGGCGGCAUCGGAUUUACCCUCUGUGGCGCGUUAGGGCCAGCAAGCGCUAACUCGGGAGUGGAAUAUCAGGCCACUCUUGCAACAUUCUGGGGAUCAUGGGCUUUCAUGAUCGGGUCUACAAUCCAGUGGUAUGAGAGCUUGGUAAAGCACCCUGUUGAGAGGAAGGGUGGAGCGAGUUCGUCCACAGCGAGCCAUAACGACCAACAAAAUGUGUAG